AUGCGGUCCGGCGCAGCCACUUCCCGGCGGGACCGGGACGAGAGUUACAACACUACUCGUCGCGGGGAUCGGGACCAUGACGAUGAUAACAGCAGUCGUCGUGACCAGCACAAGAACCGGACGAGUCCCCAGCGGAGGUACGACGGAACCGCGGAGACGACCAAAGAUAAUAUAGCUGCCAAUGGCGAUUAUGAUGCGCUUCCGGGGAGAACGAGAACAACUUCUACAAGAUCUAAUCGAUACUACAACAAGCCAAUGAGUCCGUCUUCGAUUCUGGAGAUGCGCGCCAACUCGUUUCAAAGCGACAAAAGUAUGAAUAACGAGGGAAGGAGAAGUGAGAAAAGUCGGGAUGUUGAGAAUGAAUAUGAAGAUAUGGAAAAUGAUGACCAAAUAAAUCAACAUCGAAACCAAAAUCGAGACCUCAGGAUAGACGAACUUGACGCGGUUUCAACACUUUCUCGGUAUUCGUCGCGAGACAUGUUGGAACAACGGGAACAGCAGCAGUUGCCCGAAGACGAUGAAAUUCCGCCUCGGGUGGAACUCCUAGAGCGCCGUGACGGCGGCCGAGAGCCGCGUGGUGGACGUGGAGAUGAUGAGACUCGUGACACCGAAGGGCGAAGUGGUCGAGAUGGUGACCGAGACCGGGAACGUCGGGACGAUCGUAUUCACCGAGAACGUCGUGACCGGGAUCGCGAACGCCAGGAUCGCGCGCGCGACGGAGAGCGCGACCGGGAUCGCGAACGUCAGGAUCGCGAACGACAGGAUCGUGAGCGCGACGGCGAGCGCGACCGAGAUCGCGAACGACAGGAUCGUGACCGGGAGCGUGACCGAGACCGGGAACGGGGUUGUAGAGAACGGGAACGCGAUCGUGAGCGGGAGCGCGACCGAGAUCGGGACCGAGAAGAUCAUCGGGACCGAGGCCGCGAAAAUGGCCGACAGGACGAACAACAGCGACACCGAGUUGGAGUAGACCAGAAGCAGGAUGAGGACAGAGACCAGGAGAUGAAGAUCGCUACAACUACUUCUAGGCGGAUAAUUCGCGAGAGGAGCCGGGAUAUCCCGUGCAAAAGUAGCGUACUCGUAGUAAUUGCGUUUAUGCGUUACAAAUCCAAUAUUCAAGGUAAACCAGCAUUACAAAUGCAAUUUGUAUGUAAUGCUGGGGGGAAUUUGUAAUGCAAUUUGUACUAGUACGAUGCUUUUGCAUUGCAUACGGGACCGCGAGCGACGCGGUGCGUCGUCUCCGCCACAACGAUAUCAAAUGUAAAAAUGUCUGGGUCUGGAAGAAUGCAACUUGUGAUGCUGAAUUUGGAUUCCAAAAAAAUCUGUAUUGCAUAAGCAGCAAGGUGAGUGUAAUUUUUGCUACGCGGAGAGGGCAUUUGUCAUGCGGAAUAGGCAUCGCGAGGCCCUCAAAAAAUCUGUGAUGCUAGGGCAUGCAUCACAGACAUCAGGAGUCAUGCAAAACGUGCGUGACAAACCUGGCAAUCUUCCAGACCCAGACAUUUUUACAUUUGAUAAACGAAUGAAUCACUCUGAAAGAGAACAAGUAGGAGGAAAAAAUAGAGAUCUAGUCCGAUCCUACAGUGACCAGCAACAGCGAUCGUUAACUCGUCUCGAAAGUAUAAGUAGGGACGAGCAGGAACUACCACGAGGCGGAGAUCGUAUCAAGAACCAGGACCAAAAACCGCGUUCAAAAAAUGCAGCUCGGGUCAUUCUAGAAGAACGGGUCGAAGAUAAGAUUACGAAUUCGUCUCAAAAAGGAGGAGGUCCUGGUACAACUGUACAAAACCCCCCGCCACCACGCCCGUCACCCCUCCGACGGAUUGUGUCUGGGGAGAUACGAGAGCGGAUCGAACGGCACGUGCAGAAACAGGAACAGGAACAGCAACAGCAGCAGCGUCUUUCGCCACAGAGGAUGGACCGCGAAAUGGAAACGAGAAGGCAGCAGGAGGCCGCAUUGAGAAAGGCAGCUGCUGUUUGGGAAGAUCUGCAGAGUACUAGACUAGGUUCGCGCGAGGAGGAGGUAAACAAUGAGCAAGAAGAGGAACAACGACGGGCCAACGCCGCUGCCUGGGAGAGAGAAAGAGAGCGGAAAGAGCAGGAGGAAUCAGAGCGCGCCGCGCAAGAACGAGCUGCCGCCUGGGAAAAGGAGCGGGAGCAGCAGGAAAAAUUGCUGGCGGCCCAGGCUGCUGCACAAGCGCGGGAAAAGGCGGAAAGGGAGGAACGCGAGCGUCUGGAGGAAAAGCUUCGGCAGAUGAAACAGCAACACCUAGAGCAGGAGAAACUACGGGCUGCGCACCAAGAACGAAUAAAACUACAAGCAGAGCAGCAGGCGAAGAUAAAAAUCGCAGCGGAGGAGGAAAAAAACCGGCUCACUGCUAACACCUCUGUAGCUCCGAAGCAGGCCGCAGUGCAGCCGGCAACUCAAAACACCAGAAAUGCCGUUAAUAAGCCGGAACAACAGCAAGAUCCUCCGGACGCGGAUCACGGUACGACUACGACCCCAACGAACAGAAAUAAUACUGAGUCCAACCAAACAAGCUCCAGCAGUAUGAAGGAAGAAGUGCUUUACUUCGGUGCCGACCUGAUCGCCCGCGCGGGCUUGACCUUGAAAGUGCCGCAGUCGACGAUUGUUUGUGGGCAGAUUUGCUGGCAGUACUACGCCCCGAAAUCCACGAAGAUUGGAACCUUGGUGCUGAAAUCCUACAACCGCAACAACGCGUUCGACAAGCACACCAGCGCCAAUGCCUCGAAGCAGCUGGAGGGCGAGAUCCAGCUGACCGCUUCGUCUAUCAAGUGCAAAUAUGUCUGGGUCUGGAAGAGGCGGGACUUGUCAUGCACAUUUUGCAUGACCCGUGAGGUCUGUGAUGCUGGUGCUAGCAUCACAGAUUUUUUGAGAGCUUCUUGAUGCUAAUUACGCAUGAGAAAUGCGCUCUCCGCGUGCCAAGAACUGUCUCCUCUUGCUGCUCAUGCAACACAGAUAUUUUUAGAAUCCGCAGACAGCAUUACAAGUUGCAUUCUUCCAGACCCAGACAUUUUUACAUUUGAUAUCGUCGUGUCUCCUCAUCGGCUGUAAGUUUGAGGAGACGCUGGUAAACACGAACGACAUCUGCUACGUGUUUCGGAAGCUCGUUAUCCUAUGUAAAAACGUACCCACACCAUAGUCAAGAUGGGGAAUCGGCUAGACAAAUCCACAAGCUUUGGCUGUUUCGCAUGACAAAUCUGGACGCGUAGUGUAGUGCUGUUUGAGCUAGUUUAGCAGCAUUACAGAUCUAGUAUCUCGCGCUGAUUGGAGCAUGACAAAUUUCAAAACCGCAUUAGAAAAUGCUUCUCAUGGGGCUCCGCAUGAGAAACAUUUUAAGCAUGCAGAGUUGCAUGACAACUAUGGUGUGGGUACGUUUUUACUCAGGAUACUCGUCCCGCACGGCGAGAAGACCUGGACGGCGGACUGGAUGCAAAUGCUGGCUUCGAACGCCCGGGACAAUUACUCCACGGGCCAGAAUAUUAUCCUGUGCAAAAGUAUCGUACUCGUAUUGCAGUCAUGCAUUACAAAUUUUUUUUCUUUACGUAAAUCCGCAUCACAAAUUUAAUUUCUCAUGCUGAGGAAAUUUGUAAUGCAUUAUAUACAAGUGCGAUACUUUUGGUUUUGCAGUGCAUAAAUAGUAUGCAGCAAAACUUCUACAACGAAGGGGCCAAGAACAAGCCCUCGACGACGUCCGUGAUGCAGGAGCUGCUGUUCACCUACGAAACGAAGAUUCUAACCCGGCUCGGGUUUCAGUGCGCGGAAAUUUUGGUCCCUGCGCACCGGUAUUUGCUGCCGUAUUUGCACAGCUUGUUGGAGGAGGAGGAUGAGGAGGACGAAGAUUCUUCCUCUUCGAAGGAAAAACCCAUCGUGGAACUCGCCUGGGGCUACUUGAACGACUGCUACCGGACGGAUCUGUGUUGCCACUACGCGGCGCACGAGAUCGCGGUGGCGGCUCUGUGGCUGGCCGCGCGGAAACGAAAGAGCCAGGGACUGGGGGGGAAAAAAUUGCCGAAGGACUGGUUUCUGGUCUUUGACUGUUCGAAGGAGGCGUUGGAAAACAUUAGCAGACGGAUUUUGGCUCUGUAUUGAGGAAGAAGAGCGGUGUAGUCGUGACAUCAAUUUGAUGGCUGAAUUUCAACCAAAAAUUUAAAAUCCAUCAGAACGAAGAAGAAAAUCAACUGAAUUGAUAGACGAUUCAAAUUAUAGGCACGACACCAGCGACAGAAUGGAUUCAUCAAGAGCCUCUCCGAGGACCUAUAUUGCUUGGAUAACUGCGCUUGUAACAAGUACUUACUCUGUUGAGUUCGAGAGGUGCCCCACCCCCCUGGUGGCAAGAACAACUUCUCAGAGGAAGAUGGAGUAUGUGAUUCAUCUCGCACUGCAAGUAGUUGUAAAGUACUCUUCUGAAAACGAAAAGUUGCAAGGAAGCGACAGCG